AUGUUAAAAAAUAAACAAAACUUUUCAGACGACGAAGAAAGUCGACUUGAUGAAACUGAUGGAGGUUGGAGCGUUGAAGAAGAUACCGGUCAAGAACAACAAAAUGACGAAACAAAUUAUGACGAAUAUAAUGAUUAUGAGCAAGAUUCAGAAGAAAUCGAAGACGAAGAAGAUGAUGAUUAUGGAGGAAAAAGGCGAGAUAAAAAACGUCACAAGGGUAAUAAGAAUGAUCCAAAUUUCAUCGAUAAUAGAGAAAUUGAGACCGAAUUGAGUACUUAUCAUCGGGAUAAUAGACGUGCUGUCGCUGAAAUUGAAAGAUCAGUAUUUGAGGAGGAUAAUUUCGAUGCUGAAAAGGUAGCUCAAGCAUUCAAUGAACGUUAUCGUAGAACUGCUAGUAGGCUAAGUGAUGAUGAAGAGGAUUUAACUAAACCUGAAAUCGCUACCGUUGAUAAAUUGUUUGCUGUAAAAUGUAGAAAAGGACAUGUAUUUCAUGCAAUUGAUAGAUUAGAGAAUUUGAAGAAACUCCGAUCCGAUCCUUUGAAAAUUAAAAGAGUUAUUGCUAUUGAAGGUAUCGAAGACUUCGUGUACAUAGAAGCUGAUAAGGAACAAGACGUUCAAAAUGCGGCUAUGAGGUGUAAUAAGUAUUUAUAUUCUUCAAAGAAAAACAUAAAGAGACUUAGCCCAAAAGAAAAACAGGAUUUAAUGGCUCCAAAGAAACCAAGAUUAAAUAUUCAAAUUGGUUCAUUUGUUAGAACAAACAAACGUGAUGAAUAUUUUGGGGAUCUUGCUAGGGUUACUUCGUAUAGUACUGAUGAAGUAAUAGAGGUUGAGAUUAUUCCACGCAUACUUGUAGAUCAAGAUGGAGCUUCACUUAAGCGUAAACAUGAAAUUAAAGUACUUCAAGGAUCUCUCAAAGGUUCUGUCGGUACUGUAAUAUCGGUUAAAGAUGGUGUUUUAACCGUCACCGAUAAAGAGAAUGGUGGUAGAAUUUUUAAAGUGAAUUCAGAAGAAUGCGUUAAAAAUAUUAAUGUUCAUGAUUAUGUACAAAUCACGAACGGUCCAUAUCAAGGCCAAAGUGGUUUUGUUUUUAAUUGUGAUAGACAUGUUAUGACCAUGUAUUUAGAUCAUACCAACAAACAGAUUUCGGUCUUUGCCAAAGAUUUAAAAAAAGGAGUUCAAAAUUCUAUCGUAAAUGACUUUGGAGGAUUUAGAUAUUUUGAUUUAGUCCAAUUAAAAGAUUCUUCGGUUGGAAUUAUCAUUGAUAUUAGAAAAGCUCAAAAAAAUUAUGAAUAUGACGUGUUGAAUUCCGAAAAUAAUUUAGUCAAAAGUGUUACGGCGUCAGGUAUAACGAGAUCUUUGCAUGACAUAAAAAGUCAAACCUUUAAAAAAGGUGAUCAAGUUGUUACAAGCAAAAUGGAAGGUAUUAAUAAGCAGCUAUAUGAAGUUUUUCGUAUAUAUGAGGCCUAUGUAUUUGUCAGAACUUACGAUGAUGAUACAAACUUGGGAUUUUCAUGUUUCAAAACUAAAGAUUUAAAAUUAAAAUAUGAAUCAAGCAAGAGAGUACAGGCAUCACAAGGUGCUCUUAAAGGAUAUCAGGGUACGGUUAAAGGGGUAUAUGGUAAUAUGGCAGAUGUCGAAUUUGAUGCCAAAUUAACGACUGUAAAAGUUGAACUCGAACAACUAUUUCACGUCAAUGAGAAAGGAGAAGCGUUAGAUCCAGUUAUACCAAGAAAUCGUGAAUCAAGUAGAGGUUCCAUGGACAUUAGUCCCGGGUUAGGCUCAUACCCCGAACCAAGUUGGACAACAGGAUUAAGUAAACAACAAAAGAGUUGGGGAUAUUCGUUGGGAUCUGCUAUGACACCAAAUCCACAUUUAUUGGAUGGUGCUAAUAGUGGAUUGAGUAUGGAUGGGAGCAAAACACCCGCAUUACAUAGCAGCGGAUUACUUAGUGGCAGUAAAACUCCGGCAUUACGUAAUAGUAGCGCAAACCAUAGUAAUAAUAACCAUACCUCACUUGGAUCAAAAACGCCAGCAUGGGAUCUCGGUAGCAAAACUCCUGCAUAUGGACUAAUGUCAGACGGCAGUAAAACUCCUGCAUGGGAUUCAGGAAGUCACACACCUCAUUCUUCCGGUAUAGUAGGUGGUAAUAGUGGUAAUAAUAGCGUUAGUAAUAUAAGUAACAUAUUUGGAGGUAGUAACAGUAAUUCGGCCACUACUACUACAAAUGCGACAUUAAAUAUUUCCUCCGUUGCUGCCGAAACCCCCGGAUAUUCCGGAAUCACUAAUACACCAGGAUAUUCGGCCGUAGCUACACCAGCAGCUGAUACGCCUAAUUAUCCUGUAUACACACCCGCAAAUACCGGUAGUCUUAUACCACCUACCCCAAGACCGUUUACUCCUGGUAAUUUACCCAUGACACCUGCAAAUAUGAUACCACAAACUCCGUUUGCUACUCAACUAUCUGCUAAUCAUGCUGUACAUCAUGGCCGAGAUCCUAAAAAACCUCCAGAUGUCAAAG